UCCCCCCUCCCCCCAAGGAUGACCCCCCAGCCGUCUGAUGAUGAGACCCUCUGGGAGUCGAUUCGCGUGUCUUGGCUCGGCCUCGCCCUCGAGUCGGCCCUGCGUGAGCUGGACAUCAUCGACGGAUCGGACGCCUCUUCCGAGGGCGACAGCUCGCCGGCAUCCCCGCACCCGGAGGCGGCCGAUGCCGCCUCGGAGCCCACCGGUGGCGCGCGGUCACGGCCGCCCUGUCGCCUGUGCUCGGCCGCGCCAGCCGGCGGGUGUGCCUGUGUGCCCGGGACCCGGCGCCGGCGUCGCCGCACGGGUCUCCCCACCUCGGAGGCGGUGACUCGGUCAAUGUCGCGGGAGCUCCUCCACCCGGAGGAUCCCGGUGCCCUGGCCGACAGCGAUGACACCGACCAUGAGGAGGCCGAUGCCGCGAUCGCGGCCGAGGACCCGGGCGAUCCGGUUCCCCCCUCGCCCGGGGCAUCCCCCUCGGUGGAUUUCAACAUGGACGGCCCGGCCGGCUGGCUGGCCACACUGAUCGAGGUGGCCACCGCCGGCGAGGACGUCCUGGACCUGGCCUUCGUCACCUCCUCCGAGGACGACCAUGCCGGGCCCGGGCUACCGCCGGCCGGGCACCACCUCCCCCUGCAGCACGCCCCGGCCCUCCCGGCGGACGGCCCGGAGGACCCGUGAGCCGCCGGCGCCGCGACUUGAUCGUUGGCACAAUAAACCCCCAUGUGAUCAGCCAGA